AAGUAACACAACCUAUUUGAUGAAAAGGACAAGAAUAAGAGAAUCUAUCAAACCUAAGUCAAAAACUUUGUUAACAUAACUCAUUGGUUGUGUCACUCUUUAACACACUCAGAGGAUGUUUGUGUUGGGUGCUUCCUCCGCCGCAGCCACCUCCGCCGCCGCUACCACCGCAGCCACCAUCCCCUCUCGCAUUCUCUCUGGAACUCUUCACUCUCCUUAUUCCCUCACAACCCCCCAUAACUUCUCUUCCCAUCUCCUAUCCAAAACUUUGGUGCGGUCAUCUUCACUGCAUUUCAGGGGUGUUCCCAUCAAAGCCAUGGCGGAGACUGAUACCAUAGCAGCCUCUAAAUUUGCUUCUUCUUCCUCUGUCCCUGGGACCAAGCAAGCCUUGAUAUCAUUGUCAGAUAAGAAGGAUCUUGCAUUUGUUGGCAAUGGGCUCCAGGAAUUAGGAUACACUAUUGUUUCAACUGGAGGAACAGCUUCUGCUUUGGAGAAGGCUGGAGUAGCUGUUACUAAAGUAGAACAGCUUACUCAGUUCCCUGAAAUGCUUGAUGGUCGUGUCAAAACUUUGCACCCUAACAUACAUGGGGGUAUCCUGGCUAGAAGGGACCUAAAACAUCAUAUUGAAGCACUUAAUACACAUGGAAUUGGUACUUUUGAUGUUGUGGUGGUGAACUUGUACCCAUUUUACGAUAAAGUCACAUCAGCUGGUGGCAUUGAAUUUGAGGAUGGAAUUGAAAAUAUUGACAUUGGUGGUCCAGCCAUGAUUAGAGCUGCUGCAAAGAAUCACAAGGAUGUUUUAGUAGUGGUUGAUACAGAAGAUUACCCUGGCCUUCUGGAAUUUCUUAAAGGAAACCACGAUGAUGAAAAGUUCAGGCUAAAACUUGCAUGGAAAGCUUUUCAACAUGUUGCUUCCUAUGACUCUGCAGUAUCUGAGUGGUUGUGGAAGCAGAGUGUGGGAGAUAAAUUUCCUCCUAGCUUAACAGUGCCUCUUUCACUCAAAAGUUCUCUCCGUUAUGGUGAAAAUCCCCAUCAAAAAGCUGCGUUCUAUGUCGACAAAAAACUUUCUGAGGUUAAUGCUGGUGGAAUUGCUACAGCCAUCCAACACCAUGGAAAGGAGAUGUCAUAUAAUAACUACUUGGAUGCUGAUGCAGCUUGGAACUGUGUAUGUGAGUUUAAGAACCCCACCUGUGUAGUAGUGAAGCAUACCAAUCCUUGUGGAGUAGCAUCACGUGAUGAUAUUCUUGAAGCCUACAGACUAGCUGUUAAAGCCGAUCCUGUGAGUGCAUUUGGUGGAAUUGUAGCCUUUAACGUGGAAAUUGAUGAGGCACUUGCUAAAGAAAUUCGAGAAUUCAGAAGCCCCACAGAUGGUGAGACAAGGAUGUUUUAUGAAAUAGUAGUUGCACCCAGCUACACAGAGAAGGGACUUGAGAUUCUGCGUGGAAAGUCCAAAACUCUAAGGAUUCUUGAAGCCAAAAAGAAUGAAGCGGGAAAGCUUUCACUCAGACAGGUUGGUGGAGGUUGGUUGGCUCAGGAUUCAGAUGACUUAACCCCACAAGACAUCAAGUUCAACGUGGUCUCUGGGAAAGCUCCACAAGAUGAUGAACUUCGUGAUGCAGAGUUUGCAUGGUUGUGUGUGAAGCAUGUCAAAAGCAAUGCCAUCGUGAUAGCUAAGAACAACUGUAUGCUAGGUAUGGGAAGUGGGCAACCAAACCGUGUGGAGAGUUUGAGAAUAGCAAUGAGGAAAGCCGGAGAUGAUGUUAAAGGAGCAACCUUGGCCAGUGAUGCCUUCUUCCCAUUUGCUUGGAAAGAUGCUGUGGAAGAAGCAUGUGAAAGUGGAAUUGGUGUUAUAGCAGAACCAGGUGGGAGUAUCAGGGACCAGGAUGCCAUAGACUGUUGUAACAAGUAUGGUGUUUCACUACUCUUUACCAAUGUCAGGCACUUUAGGCACUGACUGAAUUUUGCCUUUCUACUUCAACUUUUUGUUUCUGUUAUCCAACCGGUGUUGCUCAAACUUGUGCUUCCAGUAGGUAGCACUGAAACCUGUUUCUGAAAUCAACUGAAUGUAUGAGUAAGGAUUGUUCCAUCCAAUUUACAUAGAAAAAAUAAAUUGAUAUUCUCCUACAUUUCAA